GGUCUUUGGAAUGGGCUCUAAGGAAUGGGCUCUAUGGAAAUGGCUCUAUGGAUUAGACUCUAUGGAAUGGGCGCUAUUGAAUGGGCUCUAUGAAAUAGGCUCUAUGGAAUGGGCUCUAUGGAAUAGGCUCUAAGGAAUGGACAAUUUAGAAUGGGCUCUAUGGAAUGGGCUCUAUGGAAUGGGAACUAUGUAAUGGGCUCUAUGGAAUGGGCUCUAUGGAAAGGGCUCAAUGGAAUAGGCUCUAUGGAAUUGGCACUAUUAAAUGGGCACUAUGGAAUGGGCACUAUGGAGUGGGCUCUAUGAAUGGGCUCUAUGGAAUGGACACUAUAGAAUGGGCUCUAUGGAAUGGGCACUAUGGAAAGGGCUCUAUGGAAUGGGCUAUAUGGAAUGGGCUAUAUGGAAUGAGCACUAUGUAAUGGGCACUAUGGAAUGGGCUCUAUGGAAUAGGCUCUAUGGAAUGGACACUAUGGAAUGGACACUAUAGAAUGGGCUCUAUGGAAUGGGCACUAUGGAAAGGGCUCUAUGGAAUGGGCUUUUUGGAAUGGGCUAUGUGGAAUGAGCACUAUGUAAUGGGCACUAUGGAAUGGGCUCUAUGGAAUAGGCUCUAUGGAAUGGACACUAUGGAAUGGGCUCUAUGGAAUGGGCUCUAUGGAAUUGUCACCAUGGAACGGGCUCUAUAGAAUGGGCUCUAUGGAAAGGGCUCUAUGGAAUAGGCUCAAUGGAAUGGGCACUAUUCAAUGGGCACUAUGUAAUGGGCACUAUGGAAUGGGCUCUAUGGAAUGGGAACUUUGAAAAGGGCUCUAUGGAUAGGGCACUAUUGAAUGGGCACAAUGGAAUGAGCACUACGGAUUAUACUCUAUAGAAUGGGCACUAUGGAAUGGGCAUGAUUUUGGGCACCCGCAGGGGGGCAAGGGGGCACUUGCCCGCCAUGG